CGGCGUCUUCUGUCGCACCGUCUGUUUCCCUUGUGGUCCUCGGAGCCCGGAGCGGAGCGCGCCCCCGCGAGUCAUGUCGCUGAAGGCCGUGUGCGUGCUGAAGGGCGACGGCCCGGUGCACGGCGUCAUCUGGUUCAAGCAGGAGAAUCGUAAUGGGCCAGUCGUGGUGUCGGGAUCCAUUGAAGGGUUGACUAAAGGCGAGCACGGAUUCCAUGUCCAUGAGUUUGGAGAUAAUACACAAGGCUGUACCAGUGCAGGUCCUCACUUUAAUCCUGAAUUAAAAAAACAUGGUGGACCAAAGGAUGCAGAAAGGCAUGUUGGAGACCUGGGCAAUGUGACUGCUGACGAAAAUGGUAAGGCCGAUGUGAAUAUUAAAGAUUCUGUGAUCUCACUCUCAGGAGCACAUUCCAUCAUUGGCCGCACAAUGGUGGUCCAUGAAAAACAAGAUGACUUGGGCAAAGGUGACAAUGAAGAAAGCACAAAGACGGGAAACGCUGGAGGUCGUUUGGCUUGUGGUGUGAUUGGGAUCGCUCAAUAAACAUUCCCUGCAAUGUUGUGGUCUGAGUCCUCGUAACUCAUCUGCUUUCUUGCUAGUUGUAGAAAUUUAACUUGAUAAACAUUAAACACUGUAACCUUAAAAGUGUAA